GUCUACGUUAGAAGCGACAAGAGCGAAAUUCGCACACGCACUUCUGCACACACACACUCUCGACAAGCCUUCUUCACAGAGGCGCAUCGGUGCUGAACAACAAGUGUGUGCACGUCAAACAAGUUAGCGAAUUCAGAGACAGAAAUUAAGAAACAGACUUUGCACAAGAAGACUAACAGACACCCAAACGAUUGGCUGAACACUGACCCCCAGGAGACAGGUUCUCUCAACGCGCAGCUAAAGAAGACGAGGAGACGACAGAGCUAACUCAGCUCUUUGAGACUAAAACGAGACCUUGUUGGUACCCGAAGACCUGAGCUUUAGAACCAGACCGGUACUUGUGGUUGAAGCCCAGAAGCUGUGGUCAGAAUUGGUUCAGAAACGGUCAGAAGUUCCGGUAAGAAGGUGCAGUCAUGCAGAAAGUAUCUGUGGUCCUGUUGGUGGGAGUCCUGACGGUGCUGGUGACUCUGUGGGCUGGAGUGGACACAGCCCCCACCCUGCUGACUGACAGAGGAGACAUAAAGCUGACAGGUCCAGCUACAGGCGACUCAAUUGUGCAAGAGAGAACGGAACCGUCAACGGUCAACGCUUCUAAACUACUGAAGACCCUACUGAUGACCAGCAUCCCUGUUGGUCCAGAAAAGACGUCCACACCCACCAGCAGUCUGGAUAGACGAUUGAAGAUGGAUCCGGUGAUGAGCAGCCCAGAUAGACGAGCCCAGAUCCUGAAGAUGCUGUCAGCGCUGGAGGAACUCAGCAGGACGAUCAACAGCACCCUGAGCACACGGAUGACCAUGAUGCCCAGAGGGUCAGCAAAUGGCAGAAAUUCAGGAAAGAAGAAAGCGGUAGCUGAGGCAGAUAGAGUGAAAACCACCACAGUGCCUCCUGUGGAUGUUGGAGGUAGCGUUACUGCAUCCCGGGCCAGCACUGACGGCAUAGACAGCCUGAGUGGCCGAAACUUCAAGAAGUCCCUCCCACAGCAACCCAAGAAGCCCAGCAACAAGAGAGUGUGUUUCUGGAAGUACUGCUCCCAAAACUGAUCCUCCACAGACCCUAACAAACACCCCUAUAAACAUCCAUGGUACCCUCCAAACCAACAUUCACCCCAUCCUACCCCCACCCUACACCCGGGCACUAGGCAACCAAUGCGGCGAGGCAUCGGAGGCCCGGCGCCACCACUGACCUUUUCAUUGGCUCAUGAAUAACAGUACUGACCAAUCAGGUUGCCCCAUCAUCGACGUGUGUACUUGUGCCUAUGCGCACAAAAGUCUGUUAACCGUUUAUAGAAGAGAAAACGCUGUGUGUGAUCUCUAAUAAAGAUGACCCAAGCACGAUAAAACUAUACGACAAUAAAGACAGGUUUAUUUUUCUACAGAUCCCUCACUCUCUCUCUCUCGCUCUCUGUUGUUCAUUAUGGAAUGACCAAUAUGUCCAAAAUGACCAAAAUGACUGAAACUGUGUGCAGUUGGCUGCUAAACAUGAGGUUGAGGGCAGAUGUAUUGCUGUUUUUUGAGGGGCUCAUAGGAUCAUUUGAAAGGGUUCGUGGCAUCAUCGCAAAGCUCAGAGACUAUUGUCUUAAAGGUUAUGUACACAUUGGUUGUUUAAAGUAAUGUUACUGGACUGCUUACAUUGGUGGUAGAGAUUUACAUAAGAGAUUUACACACUUCUUGCAAAACUAGAAUUCCUGGAGAGGAUGUCCCCAUGGUAACCCAUGGUGGCACUGUAAACUACGCUUGUUGAUAUUAGGGCUUUUAAGUUUCGGGUUCCACAGUAGAGUCAGUUGUACCGUUGCCUUGGUGACUGUGGGUGACUGGGUUGA